AUGGCCACCCGCCAAAUCACCCGCCACACCCUCACGACCAUCGUGAAUCUUAUCUCCAACAAAUCAGGCAAGGGUGAGCAGUACGCCCAGCACUUCCAGGAAAAGUACCUCGAAAACCCCAGAGUCCGCUUCCCGAUCACCUUCCACGAGCGCACGAUAAUAUGGAGAUCAUUCCACGAAGCCCACAGCAUCGCGGUACAGGCUCUUGCCGAAAGAGACGUUCCGCUUGAAGAAUACGACUCCCUCCGUCUGGAGCCGGUGGAGACCCCGCGAGACUUAACGAGCGGAAGUGCUUACGCUCGCCGCCGCAGAAGCUCGGAUGAUUACUACCAUAGACGGGGCCGUACGGAAGGUUGCGACGGUGUUGAGGAAGAACGGGGAAGGUCUCGGAGGCCGCAGAGUCGGGUUCCGGCGCAUAGAGUGAGGCCUGACGCUUCGGGGAGUAGUAACGGAUUGAAGAAGAACUGCAGUCUGGCGGGGGUGAAUUGGGACCUAUGUCUUUAUGGCUUUAUUUUGAGGCCCAACAUCACAUCGCUGCUAUGA